AUGCGCGGCAUUCGACAGCACGGCUGCCAACGAAAGCGGCACCGGCUGUGCGACUGGGAUAAACUCGAGUCCGGCUGUAGAAAGGCCAACAGCGCUUUCCUUUUCCGCCGCCCGCUGAAUCAGCCGCCGCGUAGCCCCGCGUGGGGAAUGCGAGAUGCGUGUCGUGACCGCGGUCAGAAACGCACACGCGUGCCACGCAGCCCAAAAUGCUUGGACGGCAGCGUCAGGUGUAUAAGCGUGCUGGCCGUGGCAGCGCUCGGCGCCUGCCUCACAGCUGACGCACCGCCACCCGGCCUACCCUCCUCGUCGGGUCCCGACGAGCCGACGACGGCCGACGGGGCAGGCGAGGUCGACGAGAAGGCGGCGGCAGCAGUGGCGACCGCGCCAGGAUCUCCGACGGCCGGCGCAGACCUGGGUCCGCUACCCCCACUCAACAUAGACCCGGGGCUGCGCAAGGCGCUGCUGCAGGCGCUCACCAAGUUGGAAGAAGAGGCGCAGGAGCAGCUCGCUGAGGAGGAGCGGCAGCAGGGCUCACCAGAGCUGGUGCGGCCCUCGGCCAGUGGUCUGCCUGGUACAGCUCCUGCGUCCGGACCGGACACUGGAGUCCAGGUGACGUCACGCGGCACUUCCGGUGCCGGCGGCGACUUCAACUACUUCACCAGCCCGGGGGGCCGCCCCACUGCGGAGGCCAGCAGGGACCCAGAACCUGUCUCCACCAGCACGACCAGCACGACCACCACAACCACCACCACCACAAGCACGACGGCACUGCCGCCAACGGCCAUCCCACGCAACCACCGCCCAGAGAGCGAACCGGCGCGCCCUUUGCCCUUCAACCUGCCGGCCAGCCCUCUGCCUACGGCGGCGACCCUGCUGUCGCAGCCACCUUCCGCGAGAGCUAGCGCAGGCAUCGCCGGCGAAGACAUCCGCUCCAACGUCAUCCCCUCCUCGUCGUCGCUGGUCCAGCAGAAGCCCGUCGUGACGUCAGAGCUGGUGAAGAGCAUCUCCACCAACCUCCCCAGCGCGCCAGCGGCCAACAACAUCACCAACGGCACCACCGGCGGAAAGCCGGAGGUCGCCAUAUUCCAGGCGCCGCUGGUGGCGGCGUUCACGCUGCACCACGACCUGACCGGCCUGCCGCAGAGCGUGGAGCCGCUGGUGGAGGCUCCAGUGGCGUCUCCGAUCGCCUUCCAGCAGCAGCUGCUGGCCGUGCACCAGCGCCACGUCUUCCUCAAGCAGCAGCGCCAGAAGAUAGACGAGCUGGAGAGGCAGCGGCAGCAGCAGCAGCUGUUCCUGGGACAGCAGCCGCCGCCGCCAUCUGUGGUACAGCAGCAGCAGGCCUUCUUCUCUGGCAGGCCGACACUGCAGGGAUUCAGGUCCCAGAGGCAGGAGCAGCAGUCGGCGACGGCCAACCCCGGCGUCGUGGACGUGCUGCCCAGCGUGGGCGCCGAGCUAAAGCCACCGCCCCCACCCCUGCUGCGCAACAACAACAACAACAACAACAACAACGCGGCGCAGUUCCGCGGGUUUUCCCCAGCGCUGAGUCAGCGCCUGCCGGCUUUCCUGCCGACGCCCGCAUCGCCUCAGCAACAGGUGCGGGCGCAGCAGCAGCAGCAGCAACAGCAGCUGCUGCAGUCCGGCACGAGCCCCGUGCUGAGUAGGCAGGUUCCAGAUGGCAGGGGACAGCAGGUGCUGAUACAGCAGUCAGUGCCCUUCUCGCUGCCCGUACAGCCGCAGCCGCAGGACGUUUCGUUCCAGCAGUUCCCGCAACUGGGCAGCUUCCAGCCGGGCCCGCAGGCCUUCCGCCCCCAGCGCCAGCAGCCGCCCCCGCCGCCCUUCGGCUUCCGGCCGCUGUCCCCCCAGCAGUACGACACCAUCACGCCGGCCCUGCAGUCUCUGCAGAGGCAGCAGCAGCAGCAGCAGUUCCGGCAGCGGCCCAGCCUCCUGCAGAACAACGUCCUGGGCGGGGCCCUCCGGGAGGACAUCGACAUCGUGUCCAAGGUGCUCAGCCUCAACCACCAGCGCCGCAACGACACGGCUGAGGAGGAAGAGCCGUCACUCACCCCUUGAUGUCAAGUGUCGGUGACAUCAUCCGGGCCUCCAGGCCGAGAACUUAUUCAGCACCACUGCCUCUCAUCCCAUAUACAUUCCAACCAUCUCUUUCAACUCCCUAUUCACCUAACUCAACUUACUCCUCUCAACACUCAAACACUUGUACUUGAAGCUGUUACAUCUAACUAUGACCGGUGCAUUCACUUGGCACUCAUUCUAACCAGUGCCUAUCGCUAUGAACACCAAUAUUUCUUGAAUAAUGCUCCUAUCUGUCAUACUGAGGCCAUACACUAUUAAGUCACAAAAUAAAUUUGGCAGGCUCCCUACAGUUAUGGAACUAGGAAACAGCUGCAGUUCCAUGAAAUGAGAUGUUUUAUCACUCAUUACUGGCAUCUAUUAUAACUUUAAUCAUCUUCAGAUUAAAUAUCUUCAACGUUUCGCGCCCCUGUCAGCAACUGUAUAAAUAUUAAUUUUAAUAAUCAACAGCCUCAGUUGCACCGUUUACCUAGAAUUUACCUAGGUUUCAGUCGGGAUAACCCAACCUUCUUCAGAAUAGCAGUAAAUACCGUUUGUCCAUAGUGGACAUCGUCAAGCUAAAAUUACCAAUCCAUAAAUUAUCGUCAGACUGUAAAAACUUACCUGAAACUGCCUUGGCUCUACUUCGUGACCGCGAUGCGGCAGCCACGAGUGCUGUACUGGAACUCAAGUAAAAUUAACCUUCAGAUUAUGUUACUUCAUAUUUAAUAAGAAAGAACUGUAAGUAGAAGCCAAAAUACUCUUAAAGAACCUUAGAUCUUAGCUCCUCCAGCGCUAAGUAAUACAUGCCUACAAUUAUGGAGCUAGGAAACAGCUCCAGUUCAUUGAAAUGAGAUGUUUAUUACUCAAUACUCGCAUCUAUUAUUACUUUAAACAUAUUAAUACUAAGUUACUUCAUAUUUAAUAAUGUCCUUGCCAUAUCUGUCUUGGAGCCUGCUGGAAAAACGAUGGAGAAAGAACUGUAACCCAUAGAAGUCUUAAAGAACUCUUAAAGUACCUUAGAUCUUAGCUCCUCCAGUGGGCAAUAAGAUUCCUCCAACAAACUUGAUCAUCUGCCAGGUUUUCAGCUUCCUCCAUGCCCAUUCAUUGAAGGUCCUUUGCUAAAGGCUGUUAUGAGGGCUUCCUCUACUUAUGUAUCCAUUUGUUGCUUUUCACAUUUUGGUAUUCUCCCAUCUUUCAUGCAUAGAAAACGCGCUGUAAGCUUCAGUUAAUUUCGUGCGAUCUUCGUACAAAACUUAUUCUCAGCACUUCACCGUUUAAAAUGUGGUCGUGGUAACUGAGCUUCAAAAUUCGCUCAAGCGUCGUUGUCGAAAAAGUUGAGCUUCUGUGGUCGAUUUUCUCACUUUUACAGGUCUCAUAUGUAUAUAUGGCUGUCGACAGGAUGAUACAGAAAUACUGCUGAAGCUUUGAAAAUCGCAUUCGUCGGAAGACUGGAGUAGUUUUCCCAGUGCACCUACUCAUAUCUGCAGCUACGUCCCUGUUAUUGCACAUAAGGCAGCCAAGAUGCGAAAAAUCGGUCAACAUCUUGUACUACCUUGUGUUUCACUGUAAUUUGAGUAGAUACAUUUGCACCUUUUAAGCACAUUGUGUUUCUCUUAUCACCAUUUAUUUUUAACACUACAGAACUCACCUUUGCAUACAACAUGACGGUCGUUAGUUGUAAACUUCGUGCUGUUUCUGCCAGAACAAUCAGGUAAUCAGCAAAAUCCAGAUCCGUAAGCCUAUAACACUCAUUCCAAUGUUGGCCCAUGUUGGAUUUUUUCAUGGCUUUUCUCAUUAUGAAAUCUGUGACGAAUAUUAAAAGGAAUGGUGACUAAAUGUGCCCAUGUCUGGAACGUUUGAGAAUGCUAAGAAAAUGUGUGUUUCCAUAUUACACAGCAUCUCGAGUAUAGUAGACAACUAACGAGCACAAAAUACCGAUAUAAUACAUGCUAUAGCCCUACAGCGUGAUCACCAUUGCAGGUGUGGUAUCUACUUUACAAACACAAGUCAGCUACGACUGGUUCGUUUCGGCUCCUGUUAUGGUGGUUAUAAAAGUGUUUCAGUUGCAUUAACUGUAUGUUAAUCACUCACUCCCAGUAUCAAUCAGCUUUAAUGAUCUCGAGAUCAUGUCCAAGGCGUGUUGUGAGCAUCGGAACAUAUGCAUUUCAUAUGCAUAUAGUCCAGAAGCAUUUCUAUUGAUCUACGUCACUGACCUGUGACGAAAAAGUUGAUUAUGUUGACGGGCGCGGUUAUAAUUCCCUCAAUAUGUCUGCCGUUGUUGGCACUGCACUGUGUCUCUCCUGGUAGAGUGCUCUAGGAUCAAACUAUGAAUACUAGGCACCGUUGCACAACUAUAACUGUGUUUUUUUGUGAUGUACAGGUGCUCACUGUCAAAAUACUUUGUGUCCCCAAAGUGAGCCAUUUUUGAUAGGAUGUUAAGUGGAAGUUAAUGCCUCACGUUGCGAGCCGAUUUCUGGACACAUAAUUAGUAAAUGCUGAGUUUACCCAAACCCAGCAAAACACACAUUUUCGUAGAAAUACCUACCGGAAACUUCCUCAUCUACAUCUGGACGGCAGAGGCUAUAGUUCAUUAUGUCCUCUCCAGACCAUUAGAGCAGUAACUUAGGCUAUCGUAAUACUGAGUUCCUAAACAUGAUCACGAAAUCACACCAAGGCAUAAACAAAUGAUGGGACAUGUAAUACCCCAGCGUUGCACAUCCAUAUGUCACGCCAUCAACCAGUAACCAUUAUACCCAAUUCUGUUAGGUUUAUUCAAAUAGCUGCGACUUACGACAAUGGCCUCCAGCCGCUUUUCAGCUACCAGAAAUCAGAACAGAUAUUGCUCCUUCGCGAUUGCAGUGUGAUGUAUGAGACCAUUUUUCUACACAAAAUUUCGCCUUGAAGAGGUAAUGCGACCUAUGAUUUCAGACGCCUGCACUUACGCCAUAUUUUUUCAUAGCAUUGCAUGGCUCGCUGAUUGACACAUGGCAGUAGUUGAAUAAGGCUUGCAUCCACCUUUCUGGUCUGUCUGACAACUCCCCACAGUAUUUGAUGUAACUAUUUAGCUGAAUGUUAGCCCGAGUUUGUACUCGGAAAUGAAAACGUUCCGGUCUAACGAUACAAUCAGUAACGAGUGUAAAUUUCAGAUUUUAACAGAGAUAUUAAGACAAUUUCUGGCGAAUGUUGUCUAGAAAAUUGAUAUCAUCAAUACCAGGAAAUAUUUCUUCCCUUAGAGGAUAAAAAUUAUUGCAUAUAGGCAUAGUACCAAUUAAAUUUACCCUCGGAAAAAGACAAAAAUGCCACCAGAAAUAUUUAUUGCAAGUCAUUAUUGAAACAAUUCGUUUUAUAUCUUUCUUACCUCAUGAAUGUGAUUUAAUUGUAUGUUUCACUGAAUAUAAAGGCACUAAUAGUUAGCAUUUACUUUCACACAGUUCUGUAUUAUUUCACAAUGGUACCUUCGAACAGUUUUCCAUAUUUUCCGUUUAAUAAAAUUUGCUAUUCUUGUAAUAAUUACGCCUUACACGUGGAAAAUAUUAUUGUCUAAUAGAUUUCCUGAUGUCAAACUUACUUCCUCUCCUGCCACUACUAAACAAUAUCUGUAUCCGUUUCUGUUCAGCGAUUGUUUCCUUUCAUGUCCUUCACUGGCUGACACUUGCCUAUCAUCAUUCACAUCAUUUUUAUAUGAAUACAUCAUCACAUUCACAAUCAUUUCAUUAAUAUUUAUAUUCAUCGAGUAACACAAAAAUAUAUUAAUUUUAAUUUAGAUGUUAGUCUGAAUGCUCAGUUUGAACAAUGAUGAUCAAAAUAACAAUCAAAUAAUUUUUUUCGAUAUGAGAUUUUGUUUUUUACUGAAUACAUCUGAAAUCGUUAAUUAUGAAACAGACAGACUGUUUUUUAAUACAAAGUUAUGUCACACAUGUGCUUCUCAUCAUUGAGCAAUUUUUGCGGUCUAUUCCGUUUUAUUUAUAUACAAUAUUUUCAGCUAUAAUUAAAACUUAUGAGUGCAACAUGUAACUGGUUUAAGAUAUAACUUGAUACAGCUUUGUUCACUUUAAAACUGCAUAUAUCAAUUGAAAACUGGUACAACUUUAUCUCUGAACAGUGUCCUGUAGAAAUGCUAAAAAUAUUUUGUAAAAUUACGGUAUUUAAUAUGAUGCUAUGCUGUUAUUUAUACUGAUAGAAUUCUUUCAGAAAUCUGAAUUUUGUUUGAUGUAACAUGCUGCACUUUCUUUGACUUCUGUUUUGCAAAAGUUUUCAGAUCAUUUCAUGAUAAAUUAUGCUCCAGUUGUAUUUAUUGUUAAAUUUCAGCUCAAAGACAUUGAUUCCCUAUAAUUUACCUGUGUUUUCUUUGAGAAAGGAGAUAUCAGGAAUGUCUAAAGUGCUUUUACGUUAAAAAAUAUAGAGUUUUUAUUCCGAAAAUUUCAAUAGUUAGAGAACAUU